AUGAAGUUUUCAAUUGCCAUGCUUCUGGCGGCGAUCUGCCACGCUGCAGCAACCGCCAUGGUUAUCAAAAUGGACGUCGCUGCCCUCCUGGAAACUUGGUUGGUUAACAAGAUUCUGCAUGCCGUCGAAGUGACAAACGGGGAAUUUAAGGAUAAUUACGACCUACUUCACUUCCUAGUUAACAGAGGCAAAUUGACCGCCAAAGAAGCUGAGCAGGUCAGCGGAAUCGAUAUACUUGGGCUAAGUAACAGACGCCACGGUAUUUUAGCAAAACUUGUCAAUUUGGAUACUACUGCGCUCAGCGAUGCUGACAUUGCCAAUGAAAAGCAGAAGCUCCUCAAGAUUUCGAAAAACGGAGCUGCAGCUGCUGUUGCGGUAUUGGACGGUGGGAAAGGUAGCCUCAUGGAGGAAGAUGGCGAUGUGGUUCAUGUCGAUGCCGAUGCUGACCUGUGA